GGCUCCAAGAAAAUGAUACCGACCGCAGGCUCAGGCAGAACAAGCCGGACUCCGAAGCGUCUUUCUGCCGAAUCGCAGGGGACGGUCCGGCGAAGCCAGGGGCGGAUGCAGCACGGCGGGCCGCGCCGGGAAAUACUUAGCCGGCCGACCCCCUCCCCCUUCCAACGCGGCACCUGGACUUAUAAAAAUGCCUGCAGCGGCGCAACUUCUUUUACGCCGUGCAUCAUGUGAAUACCGGCAAUCGACAAAACACAGCAUACCCGCCUACUGAGUCAAAAGCCAACAUGGCGCCCCCCGUGCAGCUCCCAACCCGCAGGCUCGGCAAGGAUGGUCCCGAGAUCACGGCCAUCGGCUUCGGGCUGAUGGGACUGAGCACGGCCUACGGCACCGUCGGCUCCGACGAGGACCGGCUCCGGGUUCUCGACCGGGCGUGGGAGCUGGGCUGCACCAACUGGGACUCGGGGGACAUGUACGGCGACAACGAGGACCUGGUGGGCAAGUGGUUCGCCCGCCACCCGGACCGCCGCGCCGACAUCUUCCUGGCCACCAAGUUCGGCCUGCGCCCGGGCGUGCGCGAGGACGGCACGCCGGGCCUGCUCGUCGACAGCUCGCCCGAGAACUGCCGCCGGCAGUGCGAGGCCAGCCUGCGCCGCCUCGGCGUCGACCGCAUCGACCUCUACUACAUCCACCGCGUGGACGGCAAGACGCCCGUCGAGAAGACCAUGCACGAGCUGGUCAAGCUGCAGCAAGAGGGCAAGAUCAAGCACAUCGGCAUCUCGGCCUGCUCGGCGGCGACGCUGCGGCGCGCCUGCGCGGUGGCGCCCGUGGCCGCCUACCAGGUCGAGUACUCGCCGUGGGCGCUGGACAUCGAGGGGCCCGAGACGGACCACGUGCUGGGCGCGUGCCGCGAGCUGGGCGUGACCGUGUUCGCGUACGCGCCGCUCGGGCGCGGCAUCAUGACGGGCCGGCUCCGCUCGCCCGACGACUUCGAGCCGGGCGACCUGCGCCGGCUGUACCCGCGCUUCAGCCGCGACAACUUCGCCAAGAACCUCGUCCUCGUCGACCGCUUCCGCCAGAUGGCCGCCCGCAAAGGGUGCACGCCGGGCCAGCUGACCAUCGCGUGGCUGAUGGCGCAGGGGCCCGACGUGGUGCCGAUCCCGGGCACCAAGAAUGUCAAGUACCUGGAGGAGAACGUCGGCGCGGCGCGGGUCACCGUCAGCGAGGCCGAGGAGCGCGAGAUCAGGGGCUGGAUCGACGAGGUCGGCAUCGCGGGCAUCCGCGUGCCGCCGGGCCUGCUUGACGAGUUCAACGACACGCCGCCGCUGGAGUGAGGGGUGGGCAGUCGGGAAGAGCGGUGGUCGGUGAGAAGGAGAAGGGCCG